GUGUGUGUGUGUGUGUGUGUGUGUGAGACUGACAGGUGGUUUUGUUGCUCAUCUGGACUUUGUGUUCCAAUUUGGGUUAAGGACCCUUAUUUAUCUGAAGCUCCUUCACGCAGACGCUCUCAAACUCCAGCUCCUCGUCACCAGGCGAUGGUGAGGCCGCGGAAAACUGUGCUAGAGAAGUGAUCAGCCAGAUGCACCCUGUGGACGUAGCACCAAGUUUGCAAAUGUAGGCUCUUACGACCUUUGACAGUGUAAAGACCAUAAAUAGAGAAAUGGAGAAUCUAACAGCGGAAUCGAACGAGGCUUUGCCACUGAAGUGCAACAUGACCGGCAGCCACAAUUUCAUCUUUACCUUUGUACCCGUUGUCUACGCUUGCAACUUCAUAAUUGGGAUGGUGGGUAACAGCAUGGUUGUUGCUGUUAUCUAUCGCUACAUGAAGCUGAAGACAGUCGCCAAUGUGUUCUUGCUCAAUUUGGCUGUAUCGGAUCUUACCUUCCUUGUCACUCUGCCCAUGUGGGCAACGUUCACUGCCUUGGGCUACCACUGGCCAUUUGGAAGUCUUCUGUGCAAAGCCAGUGCAGGUCUGGCUAUCUUCAACCUCUACACUAGUAUAUUUUUCCUGACUGCACUCAGUGUGGAUCGCUACUUGGCCAUCGUUCACCCCAUGGGCUCACAGCGGCGGCGUACGCUCCUCUAUGCCCGAAUUAUCUGCGUUCUUGUGUGGGUUUUUGCCUUUGUUCUGAGCAUGCCUACUGCACUAAGCAGGGACAUUUACAAGGUCAAAGAUCACCCCUCUACACUUUGUGGAAUCUUGAGUAACAAGCAGAUCCAUCUUCUGGUGUCUCUCAGCAUUUUGAAGAGUGUACUGGGGUUCCUUGUGCCUUUCUUUAUCAUCAUCACCUGUAACUGCCUGAUGGGUUGUGCCCUGUUGAAAGCCAAAGGUUUGCUGAGGAAGAGCUCACGCUCUCAGGAAGACGAGACUUUGCGUAUGCUAGCUGCUGCUGUCCUGGCCUUCUUCGUCUGCUGGGCUCCUCACCAGGUCUUCCACUUCAUAGAGCUUCUGGCAAUGCUAGGAGUGCUGAAAGACUGCCAUGUUCUGGAUGUCAUCGACACAGCUAUGCCCUUCAGCAUAUGCCUGGCUUACAUUAACAGUUGCAUUAACCCUAUUCUCUAUGGCUUCGUAGGUCACAACUUUCGCAAGAACCUCCUGAGGUUGCUGCACUGUGAGUCAAGACCUGUUACGAGAAAUUCCAGUAUCAGCACCAAGAUGACUACUCUGUCCACCAGAGCUUCUCAAGUGCUGCGUCUGUCUAAGAAAGACUCUGAGUAUAACACUAACACCGUGGAAGACCCAAAGACUUAGCACAGUGCGAAGGUCAUCUUUCUUGCUUAACUGUUUGUCUUUAAGUUUAAAGAUCUUCAAACUAUUAAUACAUAUUUUACCAUAAUAGUUUCAAAUGAAGUGUAGGGUUUUUCCAUCCCGUUUCAAUCCGAAAAUGAGCAGCAUGCACACUGGCAAGUGCUUUUCCUUCAUAUACUACACUACAGGCUGUUAGCAGAGGCCAGUUUAGUGUGAGAUUUAUUUUAUUUUGCCAAACUGGGUGUAAAUUAAGGCAUUGCUUUAGUUGUUCUGAACUUCAAUGCCAGUGCCAAAAAAAAACAUUUUGCAGAAACUAUAUGUUUCAGUGCUGCUUGUCUAUUGGGAUUAUUUUAUGAUAUUUGGCAACUUUGUUUACACUGCGUAAGUCACGUCACAACUAACAAAUACAAGACUUUAAAGACGUUUUUUGUUUUUUUUUUGCCAGCGCUUUAAACAUUAUAUGUAGUCGUAGUUGACUUCAAGAAGAAAGCAGUACAGUUGAAUUACAGACACAAGUUUGUACAGACACAAGUCUGCUUACAGCAUGAAUUAGUUGAAGAUUUGUUUUAAGCUCACUUGAGCUCCUAACCCACUUCCACAAAGGUCACAUCCAGCUCCCUCCAGUCCAUACUCAUAAUAUCUUACACAUUUCUUGACUUGUGUUCAUAACAACUAAGAUAGACAAGAUAAAGAUAAACUUUUUAUGAAGCUAAACUGUCCUAAAUGAACCUUCUUGCUCUCUGUAACAUGUUCGUCUAAGCUCUGUCCUGUAUUCCAGUAAAUCCUUGUCUAUUUUUAAUGCAAGGUUAUGUACAUAUUGUGAAACACCAGUCUAUUAGUGGUAUUACUAAUCAAACUUGGCUAGUCUGAUGGGAAAAUCAAUGUAAACACUACUUCAGGUUCUAGUUAUGUAAACAUGCAAUCAACCAGUGCAAAGGUUGUCAAAAUGUUUAGUCAGAGAGCGCUUUGCAGACAAACUAUUUAAAAUAUUUAUGUAUAUGGGUACAAUUAUAUUUUUAUGAUUUAUAUGUAUAAAAAGUUUAAGAAUGGGGGGGGAUGGAUAGCUUGUAUGUAUUAUAUUAUUGCAUUGUGAGGGUUUUUUGACCUCUAUUGGUCCCCAAAUCUUCAGCCUCCAUCCAUUACUUAAGCAAAGAUAACCACUCACUCACUCACUCAUUUCACUCGGGUCACGGGGAGCCUGUGCCUAUCUCAGGCGUCAUCGGGCAUCAAGACAGGAUACACCCUGGACGGAGUGCCAACCCAUCACAGGGCACACACACACACUCUCAUUCACUCACGCACUACGGACAAUUUUCCAGAGAUGCCAAUCAACCUACCAUGCAUGUCUUUGAACUGGGGAGGAAACCGGAGUACCCGAAGGAAACCCCCGAGGCACGGGGAGAACAAGCAAACUCCACACACACAAGGCGGAGGCGGGAAUCGAACCACAACCUUGGAGGUGUGAGGCGAAUGUGCUAACCACUAAGCCAUCGUGCCCCCCAAAGAUAACCAAAUUUCUAAUAUUUGUUUCUCUUAUACAACUGAGUAGCUGAGGGUUAAGGGCCUUGCUCAAGGGCCGACAAGAGGCAGUUUGGUGGACCUGGGAUUUGACAACUUUCUGAUUAGUCUACCAACUAAGGUUCACCACUGAGCUAUCACUGCCCUGUAGUUAUGUGUUUCUGUAGCUAGCUUAACUCCUACCAACUUGUCCAAAAUUGACAAAAUUUGUUAAUUUAAUUUUUAACACAACACAAAAUGACCUACUGACUUCUUAAGCAUCACAUUUUCAUUGAACAGGUUUAAUCGCCAUGUCACUGAAUUUAAUUAUGGUUAAUGUACCUUAAUUAAUAAUGGUUAAUGUACCAUUAAACCACAUAAGUGAAAAAGAAUCAGGGCAGAAAUUGUGAGCUAGUCAGAUGAUGACCUUCAAAGUAAAGGAAAAUUUGUGGUCACAGUAGUUGGGUUUUUUUUUUUGUUUGUUUGUUUGUUUGUUUUUUCUCUCGGUCGUACAAAAAAUUAUCACUUGCUUUAAUCAGGUUGAAUGAAUAAUUAUAAAAUUCCACUCAACUUUUUCCACUCAACUUCUCUUUGGUGCAAGUAAACAAAACAGUACAGCUUAUCAAACAGGACAGUGCAGAUGUAGCCUAAAGCUAGUGCGUGGUUCAGAAUGAAGAUGUGAUGUCGGGUUUAAACGCUUAGACCAGAUUCGGAGAAAUGACACGGGGAAGAUGCAUUUUAAUCGCUGUAUUUUUAUUAACAUUGUUCUUAACGUCUGAAGAAAAUAAUUAAACAUACAUUUAGACAUAGAUGCAUCAGGGAUCUACAGGAGAUCUCAUGAUUAAAAAUCAUUCCAUUCUCAUUGCUAAUCUCAGUUAAUCUUGUAUAUAGAGGAAUUUGUGGACCACACACACAAUUUAGAUACAAAAAAAAAGAUAAUUUCAGGUCUUGAGAAGUUGAUAUGAUACUCAACAUGUAUAAAACACUGAAAUAUUCUCAGCUUUAGAUAGAUCAACUUAAUAUAUUCAUCUUAACUGUGUAUUUAAGACUGCUCACCUGUUGUCUUUCUCUUACUAGUAAAAUUGUCAUGAGUUAGAGACUGUAUGUGGCUGUAAAUAGAAACUGAUUGUUUUAGUACGUUUCAUAUUUGUCAAAUGUGUACAUAGUUGGUUUCGGUAUUUGUAUUGGUAUUUAAAAUAUGUUGUCUUAGUAACAUGUAUGGUUUUAUAUAUCAUAAAAAUGUUAUCAAUGAAUGGAUUAUUGCGACAAAUGUGUGUAUUUAGUUAUGCAACUUUUGUUUUAUCUUUGUGUUGUAUCUGUGUGGCAGGCUGGGAAAGUUUUAU